AUUAUAAUCGUUUCCCUCAUCUUCAACUUUAAUUAGAACCAAAAGGAGGAGGAGGCAACAUCAAGUGCUUCGCAUAUUCUUAGUAAAGAUGGCGACAGAUUGUGGGUCUACCUGACUUUACAUUUAGGGAAUGUUCUUACAAUCCACAAUUUCCACAAACCCCCAAAAUACCUAUCAUCCAUCCAUGUAGCCAGAUACAAUUUGUAGUUUUCGUUUUCGUUUUCGCCGAUCAAAACACAGAGUGAAAGAGAUGAAAUCGUUGUUUGGGAGUCCAGGGAAACCCAGUGGGCUUGCGUUGAGGCUGUGCCAGUGCUUAUUUGCUGCUGCUUCUCUUGCUGUCAUGUCGUCUGCUUCUGGCUUCUCUACCGCUACUUCCUUCUGCUAUCUAAUUGCAGCAAUGGGAUUACAAGUGGCAUGGAGUUUUGGACUUGCGUGUCUUGAUAUUCAUGCUCUUAGAUUAAACAAAGAUCUCCACAAUCAUAUCUUAUUGAGCUUUCUUCUGGUUGGUGACUGGGUGACAGUGAUUCUAUCACUUGCAGCUGCUAGCUCAUCAGCUGGAGUGAUGAUUCUGUUCAUGAAAGACACUGAUAUCUGCAGAUUACAGCCUUCACUCUCAUGUUAUACGUUCCAAAUCUCCAUAGCUUUGGCUUUCAUUGCAUGGUUUCUUCUUGCCAUUUCUUCAUAUGUUGUGUUAUGGUUGUUGGCCACUGUUUGAUUCCUGUAUAUAUAUAUAUAUAUAAAAAAACGUUCUUGUUUACUGUAAAUUUGAGUUGUUGCACUAUGAGAA